AUGAAUUCUCGUAAUGUUUAUUUUUUCCAUCAGAACGUCGUAAAUGGACUGAAAAUAAGUUUACUUACGAUCGAUCGAUCGAUUUCUCCGUUUCAAUUAAGUAUUGCUCGAGCAUUUCUUAUAAGCAAUAUGAAUUUCACAAUAAACGCCGACUCUAUUGUAUUCUGUAUAUUGUAUAUCUCAGGCAGUGGAACUUGUUUAUUCAUCAAAGAACAAAGUAAAAUUGGUUUCUUGUGCACAACAUGGCCAACAAGAAUUCAGAUUAAAGAUGCAUGGUAG